CGAGAAGAGGCGUCUGAAGGCAGUCGCGGACAGGGAACGCGCCGUCGCGGACCAGGCCCGCGCGAACGACCUGAAGACGCAACAAACUUCGGGUCGCGUCAUGCGCGAGAGGAAGCAGGUCAACUACGACGAGCGCGCCUUCGACAGGAAGCUCGCCGAGGCCAUCGAGGAACGGCCGACGAGGCACGCGAGGUUCGAGCGCCGCGACUACGAGGGUUCGCACGAUAUUCGAACGAGGAAGCCGGUGAACUACGACGAGGAUGCCUCGAACCGGGAGCUCGACGAGGCCAUCGAGGAAGGGACGACCGAGGAAGGGACGAACCCCCGGGUGCGCGAUCCCGAUGCGAGCAAAGAUGCGUCCGAGGAGAGCGCCGGCGCCGGCGGGGAGGAGGACGACGGUCUGGGCACCGACUCCAGCGAAGAUGAAGAGACGUACUGGCAACGUUGGGAACGGAAUCGGGCGGCGUCGGCGCAGAAGGCGCUCGCGCGUCAAACCGGCGUCCGAAUCGAGUCGCCAGCGCCGAGCCCGAUAAAGCUGAGCGGAACAAAGGCGGCUGAGACCCACCCGGUUGAGAUCGCCGCGAGUCCACAGAGUCCGGCGAGCAGGCUCAAGAUGUCCAGAAAGGCUGCGGUGCUCUCGCAGUCCUCCGAGUCUUCUGACGAGAACGACGACGACGAUGACGAGUCCGAUUACGAGGAGGAGCUCGGGAUCGUCGUCGCCGGCGGCGGGAGGCGAAAGAGGCGGCGGCGCCAUGUCAGCAUCUCGAUCCUCACCGACCGUUCCGAUUCCCCCGCCUGGCGACGGGUUCUGGCCUCGAGUGCCAAACUCGACGAGGAGGAAGACGAAGACGAGGAGGAGAUAGAAGAAGAAGAAGAGGAGCCGACACCCGAGGAAGAGGAGGAAGAGGAGUCCGAGGAGAGAAAGCGCGAGGAGCGACGCGAGCGCGACGCGGAGGAGGAGAGAAAGAGACGCGAGAAGGCUGCCGCGGAUAAGGCGAGGUUGGACAAGUUGGCGUGGGAGGCUGAGGAGGAGGCGCCGGAGGAGGCUGACAAGGUGUUUCGGCUCGAUCCGUACAGUGACAUCACCCCGAAGCAGUUGUUCUGCAAGGUGGUGCGCCGCAAUAUUCUGUUGGCGUACCCGCGGCUGUCUGCGGAGACCGCGAACGUGCUGCUCAGCAACCUGUGGUCCAAGACUCUCAACGGCGACGAACGGAGAACCUUCGCGCGUCUCGUCGCCGAGGCGAAGGAACGAGAGAUGGACAGGCUGGGCCGGGAGAAGAGGAAUCGAGGCAAGGAGACCGCCGCGGCUUUUGAGGCUGACGAGGAGGACGAGGACGAGGAGGACGGAACCGACGACGACGACGAUUACGAGGGCUCCGACUGACGACGGCGUUCGCGAUGACAUUUAAUACUCGAAUCAAUUCUUGUC